AUGGCUAAUUCAAUUAGGGGUGUAGCAAGGAGGACGUUGGGAGUGUCAUCUGAAAAUGUCAGUGACCAGAAAGAAUCUUGGUGGUGGACUGAUGAUGUACAAGAAAAAGCGCCUGGUACUAAGGAGGGAGUGAUUGGAAUUUUAAAACUUGCAAAGGCACGUAACAAGAGACGUCAAGAUAUUUGUUCGGUUCGAUAUAUUAAGGAUGAGGAUGAUUGUGUUUUACUUCAUGAUGAUGAUAUUACAGCGAGAUGGGGUAGGUAUUUUUCUGAGAUAUUUAAUGUAGCUCGAGGAAGGGAGAUUGUAUUUGACCAAGAGAUUGUUCAUGUGUCUGAUGGUGAUGCUGGUGCGAGUCAUGAUAUUACUGUGGCAGAGGUACGCGCAGCCUUUGGCAUGAUGGGUAAAGGUAAGACAGUUGGGUUAGAUGAGAUUCCGAUUGAGGUGUGGCAGUGUUUGUCGGAACAGGGUGUACGCUGGUUGAAGGCUCUUUUUAAUGUUAUCUUUCGAAUAUCCAGGAUGCCGAGUGAGUGGCUGUUGAGCGUUGUUGUUCCCAUCUAUAAAAAUAAAGGGAGGUCAACUAUUGAAGUGAUUUAUCUCAUUCGCUGUCUUAUGGAGAAAUAUCCAGAGCGUCGUAAGGAUCUUCGUAAAGUGUUUAUAGAUCUUGAAAAGGCUUAUGAUAGUGUGCCAUGGGCUGUUCUUUGGAGAUGUUUAGCAGCACGAGGGGUUCCAGCGGUGUAUAUUCAGACCAUACAGGAUAUGUAUUCAGCGGCUCCUAUACCUUGGUGUAUGCUUUUUGCCGAUGAUAUUGUAUUAAUCGCCGAGUCUCGGAACGAGGUUAAUGUAAACCUAGAACGGUGGCGUGCAUCCCUGGAGGGUUACGGAUUGCGUCUAAGCCUUCCUACAACUGAGUACCUAUGUGCCAAUUUCAGUGAUGAGAUUCAUGAGGAGGAUGUAGCUGUAUGUAUCGCGGAGGCCCGUGUACCACAAACUAAUACCUUCAAAUACUUGGGUUCUAUCAUUCAGAGUAAUGGUGAUAUUUCAGCGGAUGUGACUCAUCGUAUUUUGUCAGGAUAG